UGGUCAUAUGCAUGGAAGCAGCCAAGGGGAAAGCAGCAGUAGCAGCAGCCAGGGGAAGGCAAGCAGUGCUGCACAGGCCUUGGGAUGCUCUCUAAAACACCAGCUGGCUCCAUCGACUGUGUGCUUUUCUCUAGCCAAGCUGAUUUGCCAUUAAUAAGUGCCUUGCCGUUGGCGAGCAGGCUCGGCCUUUCCUCGAGUUGCUUUUACCGGGAUGAAAACCAUGACUUGCAACGUUGAGAUGAACUAAACGACUUGCUCCAAGAAACGCCUAAGUCUGCGAACAUCUGAAAUGUCUGAACAGUAUUAAUUCAAGAGGAUCAAUGCUCAUCGGCUUGAGGACCGCGGAAGUGGGGCCUACCAUGGUGACACUAAUCACAGAGAAGCUGCAGAACCAAAGCUUGGACGACCUGUCAUGCAAAACGUACAAUAUUAAUCUGCGCUCAUCUGAGAAGCUGAACAAUGAAGGCAGCUUGUUCCCUUACGAAAUCAAUGAGGACAGUCGCUGGAAGGUGAUUGACAGGUCUUGCCCAGUCCGGUCUGAACUGAACAAAAAUACGUUUUUUGCUUUCCCUAUGUGCCCCUUCAGCACCGGCACUCCCGGCAGUUUUAGUCUUCAAUGGCAGAACGAAUCCUCAAAUCAGGCGUUGGUAUCGGGUUGGAUAAACAAACUUAACCUCAAUGACAGCUUUGGCCAGCCACUGGCUCCCCCUACAAAAAGACACUGCAGGUCAUUGUCUGAGCCAGAUGAACUGUCUCGCUGUCGGUCACCCUGGAAACCUGGCAAUUCUAAAGUCUGGACUCCCGUGUCAAAGAGACGGUGCAAUAGCGGUGGCAGUGCCACGUUACAGCGCUGCAACAGUCACGGCAGCGCCACCUUGCAGAGAAGCACAAGCAUCAGCCUGCCUCAGAAUGCCCCGUCUCUAAAUAACAAUAUAUUCACAGUCCCCACCUGUAACACAUCUCCUGUUCCAAGGCCUUCUUCUGCCAGCAGUGGCUUUGUGGACAGUAGCGAAGGAAGCACAAACUCAAGCGUACGCUGGAACUCAGGGGGCUCUUGCGACUUCAAUCCGAGGAGGCGCCUUUCCUUGUCUCAGGAGCACAUCACAGAACCAGGAGAUAUACUGCCUUCCGCAAACAGCACUCCAACCUCUACUCCUGAGCUGAGAAGGCGCCAAGGGUUGCUGAGGUGCCGCUCCCAGCCUUGUGUGUUAAACGAGAGGAAAACCAGACUAAAACGGAGGCGUGACGAAGACAUUCGGUGGAAUCGUCCAUCUAUUGAUUUCUUAAAAAUGACACGGACUUCAAAAAGCCUGUGCUCUUUGGACUAUGAAGAUGAAGACGAUCCCCACCUCAAGACCAUCGUGUCCUCUCCCUGCGAUUCCAAUGACCACAUGAAUAUCAUCACUCCUGGCUCGAGCCCCGUCAAGGAGACCAUGGGCGGAGGAACCUGCUUCGUCAGCUGCUCAAGGGAGGCAGCCGUGAGCGAAAGCGAGGAAGACCUAAGUGACUGUGAGAGUGCCGAGGGCACUAGAUUUCCUAUAGAUUGCGAGGAUCUGGAUCUGGAACAGAUAGAGAACAACUGAAUCUCAUUGCCUCUGUAGGAUAAAGGCGUCCUCCCUGGUAGAAACGUGCCUUCUGUUGCCGUUGCUCUCCUUCAAGGAGCCCAGUGGAAAGAGUUGCGGCUUAGUCACCUGUUUAGUUAAGGAAAUGGACAAGAUAAAGACUGAGCAUUAAAAAAAAAGUUGUUUCCACCCGGCUGUAUUUGCUGCGCGGCCUAGUAUGUGGGGCUAUACGUACAAAGCUAAAUAGAUGUGAAUGUACUCAACAGGUUUCGUAUGGGUGGGGAAUGUUCCUCCAAGUGCUGACAGCGAGUGCCUAAAUCUAUUUUUUUUGCUCAA